AUGUUUAGAAAUAUAUCAAGAAGUAUAAUAAAUAAUAUAGCAAGACCAAGACCAAUUAUACUAAGACAACAACAAUUACAUCAACAACUUAGAUUUUUCAAUAAUUCAAAAAUUUUAUCGCAUGGACAUUUACAUAAACCAAAACCAGGUGAAGAGUUACAUAUUACAUUUAUAACUAAAGAUGGUGAGCAAUUAACUUAUGAAGUAUGUGAAGGUGAUAAUAUUCUUGAUAUUGCACAAGCUAAUAAUUUAGAUAUGGAAGGCGCUUGUGGUGGAUCUUGUGCUUGUUCUACUUGUCAUAUUAUAGUUGAUCCAGAAUAUUAUGAUAAUAUACCUGAACCAGAUGAUGAUGAAAAUGAUAUGUUGGAUUUAGCAUUUGGAUUAACUGAAACUUCAAGAUUAGGUUGUCAAGUCAAAAUGACAAAUGAAUUAGAUGGAAUAAGAGUUGCAUUACCUGCAAUGACAAGAAAUUUACAAUCAAAAGACUUUAAGUAG